UUGAUCGUUGAGAGAGCGACACUCGUACUCCGACAUGCACAGUCAAAAGUAAUUUAUUAGUUAGUUUUGACAACAUAAACCAUUUUUUGUAUGGGUUCCAACAAAGGGAGAAAGAAAUCACUUCUUGAGCUGCAUCCAUGAUCCACGGUUAGAUAGUGUAUUUACAGCAUGAGCGAGGUGUUGGAUUUGCUGAAUGAGGAAAGUCGGCAGCGAUAUCUUGACAGAGCGUGUAAGGAUGGCUAUGCAGUUUUACCGGACUUAGAAGCUCUCAAGAAUCGCGUUCGUGAAAAGGAGCGCAAGGCAAUAAUGGACGGGCAGCGGGAAGAGGUGAGUGCGGCUGAUGCCGAACCGAAUCACAGUGCCGCGAACGGUGCGAUCUCAACCAGCGUUGGUACCGGCAUUGAGCGAAACACCAGCGACAAAACCAGGCUGCUAGCGGACGAGGAUUCUGAGGACAGUGGACGUACCAGUGGCAGCGACACGGAUGACGAUAACUUGGCAGUGGAUGAUGACGACGAUUACCGAAGCACGCAUAGCAAAGCGGUAGUGUCGAUGCGUAGUAAACGUAGCAUGGCAGCGGAAUCGCAGCAGAUGAGUCGACAAAUGCGCUUCGCCUACUGGUUUUGUUUUGCAGUGGUGUUCGGUGCUGGCGUGUCGUGCAUUGUGCUACUUAUAUUGGCAUCACCGACAUGUAAUACGAAUAAUUCCGACAAUGGCGAACAGCUGGCAUGGUGGCAGCGCAAUAUUAUCUAUCAAGUAUAUCCAAGGUCUCUACAAGACAGUAAUAACGAUGGUAUUGGUGACCUUAGGGGAAUCUCAAGCCGCGUGGAUUACCUGCGCGAUCUGGGCAUACGGACCGUCUGGUUGAGCCCCAUGUUUGAGUCGCCGAUGGUGGAUUUCGGCUACGACAUCUCAAACUACACAAACGUGGACCCCAUCUUCGGCAACCUGACGGAUUUCGACGAGUUGAUCAGAGCGCUGCAUGACCGCGGCAUGCAAUUGCUGCUUGAUUUUGUUCCCAACCACACGUCGGAUAAGCACGCCUGGUUUACUGAGAGUAGCAGUAGCGGAUCCAAUCCGAAGCGUGACUGGUACAUAUGGCAAGAUGCGGCCAGUGACGGAGGCCCGCCGAACAACUGGCAGAGUUUGUUCGGUGGCUCGGCAUGGCAGUAUGACAACAGGACACAGCAGUACUACUUCCACCAGUUCACCAAGGAACAGCCCGAUCUGAACUACCGCAAUCCGCACGUGCGGGCAGCCAUGGAAGACGUGCUGCGGUUUUGGCUGCGUCGCGGCGUGGACGGAUUCCGGGUGGAUGCCAUUGCUUUUCUCUUGGAAGAUGCGGAGUUUCGCAACGAAACCUGCACGCUCAAUGGUUCAGUAAGCGUUGCCUGUCACGAAUGGAACACCAUGAACCACUCGUACACAUUUGCACAGCCAGGCUUCCACGCCAUUGUACGCUCCUUCCGCGAGGUGCUGGAUUCGAGCGAGUUCUUCAAUGCUACGCAUCCGAAAUUCAUGGUGGGUGAAAUGUAUGCCCCUGAACUGGAAGAUGUGCUUGAACUGUACGGCAAUGCUUCAAGUCCCGAGUGUCACUUCCCAUUCAACUUUCUUCUUAUUGGCUUGCAGGCAAGUGACUGGACUGGCAGGAAAAUUGGCAAUGUUGUCGGCCAGUGGCUGAAUGCCACGUCCAAGGAUCAGUGGCCAAACUGGGUUCUUGGAAAUCAUGACAACAAGCGCGUGGCCAGUCGCCUAAGCGCGUCUCUGGCACGGACGGCCAACUUCCUGCUGCUGACCUUACCGGGAACGCCAACAACGUACUACGGCGAGGAGAUUGGCAUGAUCGACGGGAACGUCACCUGGAACGAGACCGUGGACCCGAGCGCUCUCAACACUGGCGAUAUCAGCUUGUCGCGUGAUCCAGAGCGAACUCCCAUGCAAUGGGACAACAGCAGCAACAGUGGCUUCACGUCGGCCGGUGUCGACACCUGGCUGCCCGUGGCAAGCACCUAUACCGAGGUGAACGUCGCAGCUCAGCUCGCUCAGCCGCGGUCCAUGCUGCAGCUCUACAAACGCCUGGCUCAGAUACGAUCCAGCGAGCCAGCCUUGCAGCAUUCCAGUUAUCGUCUCAUUCACGCCACCGACGCGCUUCUGGCGUAUGCACGAGAAUACACAAGCACCACUGAUGGCAGUGGCAGCACCAAUAACCAGUAUCUAGUUGUUCUGAACUUUGCCAGCACUGCUUCCAAGGCCGUCAGCCUCACGGGCAGCGGUCUGGCUGGGUAUCAAUCCACCGGCCAUGUGCAAUUGUCAGCAUCGCUAUCCACCAACGUCAGUUUGGCACUCAACUUGUCCGCGUUUGACAUGCCAGCAGGAGAGGCGUACCUGGUGAAGCUCACACCCUCAUAGGUGUCCAAUCCCACUACUCAGCGUUGCGUUUUUGCAAAGACGAGAGGUCUAUUUAACCUUUUUGAGAUACAUAAAGUUACCUUCGGGCUCCCUGGUUCACAUUUCCUAUGGCAACCUGAUGUCGUUCGUACAUCAGAGUUGUAAAUCACACCUGUACCCGCAGUAUUUUAUGGGUCAUUUUUCAUUAGGAUUAGCUCAGUUAUCAGUUCACACACAAACUAAAACUUACUUGAUCUGUGAGACUGUCGACUCGUUUUUUCCUAUUUAAAACUUUAAAAAUGGCUUGUUGAAUUGCAAUUCUAAAAUAAUUUAUAACCAGUUGCUUUUAUGCCAGAGUGCUUGCUAUGGACCGUGCCAUUAGCAUGACUUGAUGUAUAAUAAAUCUAUUACUUCAGAA